AUGCCCUGUGCUGGUGACAGCGACCAGCUCUCUGACCAGCACCUACGAGCCAAGCGGGCCAGGGUGGAGAGCAUCAUCCAAGGCAUGAACCUCUCACCGACCCGCCUGGAAUUUGGCACCAGCCUGGAGGCAGCUUUUGGGCAGGAGAGUGAGAGGGGUAAUGAGAUGCCCCGGGAGAGCAAGAGGAAGCCGAGGGUGCCCCAGCAGGAGCAGCAGCUGAGGUGGCUUCAGGAGAAGUUCUCCCAGGUCUGCAACUCUGGGGAUGUUGCCCAAACCCAGGAAGGUGCCGAGAAAGCACAUCCACUGCCUGGGAAGCCUGGAGACAGCCCAGACAAGGACAGUGCCACUGCCACCAGUGACCUGCGCAAAGCGCCUCUCUGGAGAAACAUCCUGGAGGUGCAUGAGCUGGAGGAGGAUGAGGACAGAGGCGACAAGGGUGACUUGCCCUUGGCAGCGAGGGUCCUCUCGCAGGCACUGAAGCACGAGCUGGCUGGGGUGACAUCCCGGGUGGUGGACUCUGUCCUGAAGACCAUCUGGCCAAAGGCAGCCAGCCACCUUCCGCAGCAGCACCACAGCCUCCCACUGCUGGGACCAGAGCCACAGCUUGACAAGGCCUCUGCUGGUCUCUCCAGGGCCACGAUCCAGGAGGCACUGACCCCUGGCCACCUGAAGAAGGCCAAGCUGAUGUUUUUCUUCACUCGCUACCCCAGCUCCACGCUGCUGAAAACCUACUUCCUCGACGUGCAGUUCAGCCGCUGCAUCACCUCCCAGCUCAUCAAGUGGUUCAGCAACUUCCGUGAGUUUUACUACAUCCAGGUAGAGAAGUUUGCCCGGCAGGCUCUGCUGGAGGGUGUUGUGGAUGCUGGUGCCCUGUGGGUCUCCCGGGACUCGGAGCUCUUCCGCGCCCUCAACACGCACUAUAACAAGGGAAAUGACUUUGAGGUGCCAGGGCGAUUCCUGGAGGUGGCCAGCCUGACGCUGCGGGAGUUCUUCAGCGCCGUCAGGGCAGGCAAGGAUGCCGACCCCUCCUGGAAGAAACCCAUUUACAAAAUCAUUUCCAAACUGGAUAGUGACAUUCCAGAAGGGUUCAAAGCCACCAGCUGCUCCCAGGAACUGCUCCGCAGCUGA